GUUAUGGGAGGAGAGAAGAGGACGUUUGGUCAAAGAAGCGAAACCUAAAAUAGAAACCAAAGACAUCCGACGUGGAAGCAGAUCCCUCGAUCAGGAGAAAAAUAAAACGCAUUUUGGACUAAAUAGUCUGACUGACAGAUACAACAAGGAAUGGCCUCUGCUAACACUUGCUGGUCUGAAGAGAACUUUUCAUGUUCCAUCUGUCUGGAUCUGUUCAACAAUCCAGUUACCACCACAUGUGGACACAACUUCUGCAGAACCUGUAUUACAAAGUUCUGGGAUGAACAAAUCCAGUACAAAUGUCCUGUUUGCAACAAGCUUUUCAGCAUAAGACCUGAUCUACAGGUCAAUACCUUCUUAUCAGAGUUGGCUGCUCAGUUUAGAACAACCGUACGAGUAAAAGAGAAGCUUUUUGUUGAACAAGCAGAAGUUCCCUGUGACUUCUGUACUGGGACCCAGCUGAAAGCCGUGAAGUCCUGCCUAGAAUGUUUUAUGUCUUACUGCCAAACCCACCUGGAGCCACAUCAGAGAGUCACUCGCCUGCAGAAACAUCGGCUGGUCGAGCCUAUGGACCGUCUGGAAGACAGGAUGUGUAAGAAACACGACCGACUUCUGGAGCUCUUCUGCCAGACUGAACAGGAGUGUGUCUGUCAGUUCUGCACAGAGGGUGACCACAAGUCCCAUCCUGUUGUACCUCUAAAGGAGGAAUAUGAAGUGAAGACGGCCAAGCUGGGGGAGAUAGAGGCUGAAGUUCAGCAGAUGAUCCAGGAGAGAAAACAAAAGAUUAAGGAGAUCACAGACACAGUGGAACUGAGCAGCAAAUAUGCAGACAGAGAGAUAGCUGAUGGUGUGCAGGUCUUCACUGCUCUGAUAGGCUGCGUUGAAAAGUGCCGGGAUGAUUUCAACCAAACAGUUAAAGAGAGACUGAAAACCACAGAGAAACGAGCUGAAGACCUCAUCAAAGAGCUGGAGCAGGAAAUAGAAGAGCUGACCAAUAGAAGCUCAGAGGUGAAGCCCCUCUCACACACUGAAGACCACCUCCACUUCCUCCAGGCCUUCAGAUCCCUGAAGGAUCCUCCACCCCCCAGGGACUGGACCACGGUGGAGGUCCGUCCUCCGUCAUACGCAGGGACCUUGAGGAGAUCCCUGGAUCAGCUGGAGGAGACACUGAACAUGGAGAUGAAGAAGCUGCGUGAUGCUGAACUGAAGAGGGUCCAGCAGUAUGAAGUGGAUGUGACUCUGGAUCCUGAUACAGCUAAUGUCUGGCUCAUCCUGUCUGAGGAUGGGAAACAAGUACAUGAUGGAGGUGUGAGGAAGAAACUCCCAGACAACCCUAAGAGAUUUACUGAUUGGUUUACAUGUGUUCUCACGAGGCAGAGCUUCUCCUCAGGGAGAUUUUACUUUGAGGUCCAGGUUAAAGACAAGACUGAAUGGCGUUUAGGAGUGGUCAGAGAGUCCAUCUACAGAAGAGGUUAUACAGGGUGGACCCCUAAGAAGGGUUACUGGAGUCUUUACUACUGCUAUGAUGUGUUGGUAUUUAGUGAUGACCCUGCUGUCCGUCUCCCUCUGAGAGCUGAGCUCCAGAAGGUGGGGGUGUUUGUUGAUUAUGAUGAGGGUCUGGUCUCCUUCUAUGAUGUGGAAACCAGGGUUCAUAUCUACUCUGCUACUCGCUGCGCCUUCACUGAGCCUCUCUAUCCAUUCCUCUGCCCAGCCUGCAAUAAUUAUGGAGGUAACAACUCUGCCCCCCUGAUCAUCUCACCUGUCAAUCAAACAGACUAGGACCUUAGUUUGAUAAUAAAAUAAUCUAACGACCUCAACAACUAAUGUUCGAUGAAGGAUAAUCCCUACUAUGUGAGAUCUGAGAGAUCUGCAUUAAUGUCCCCUACUGUCUUUUAACAAGAAGUUCUUUAAGAAUAUAACCCCGUUGUUGAAUACAACUCAUUAUAAAUGGUGAGAUUACACUAUAAUAUUUGUCUGUUUUCUCCUGAUUUUUUUUAUGAAUUGAAUGCUAUAAAAUUGUGAACAGUUGCUGUUAUGUAGAACAUCUUUAGAGGAUUCAUUUGUAUAAAUAAUAAUUGUCGUUUAUUAACUUUUCUAUUGGUUUUACAUUCUGUAUAGUGAAUGAAAAAACAAUACAAUGUUCUUUACACUUUGAUUUUAACUUAUUUUGAUCAUUUUGAGUUUGAUGGGACGUUUUAAAUCACUGAAGGAUUGUAGAAGGUUUGUAGUUGAUGAACAAGUAAAUUUAUCUCCAAUACAACCCA